AUGGUGCUGAAGUUGCUCCUCAGCCUCAUCCCCACCUAUGGGAACAUCUGCAGGCUGGCCGCGCUGCUGGUGGGCCUGGUGCUGCCCACCUUCAAGAGCUUUGAGGCGAUUGAGAGCCGGGUGCUGGACGACGACAAGCAGGUAUGCUACGCUACGCUGCUCUCUCUGGAGACGGUGGCCUGGUCUUUCCUCAUCUGGAUUCCCUUUUACCGCAUGAUCCGCGUGGCCCUGCUGGCAUGGCUGGCGCUGCCGCAGUUUGCGGGUGCCGCGUUUGUGUACGAGGAGUUUGUGCGCCCCUUCCUGCUGGUGGCUGUGGCCAAGGCCAGGGAGGUGCCCAGCCUGGAACCCUACGUGGCGCGCUUCGCCGCCAGCGCAGCCAAGCACCCCAGCACGAGCUCGGAGGCUCCUAGCGCCGCCGCCGCGCCCCCGCCCGCCGUGGACUACGAUGCCCUGAAGCGUGAGGCUGUGGCCAAGGUGGAGGAGAGUUUUGAGAAGGCCAAGCAGCAGGCCGCCAGCCCCGAGGGGGAGGAGGAUGAGAGCCCUACCUUCCAGCCCCUGAAGGCGCAUGCCCAGUGA